AUGUUCUUGACUCCAGAUCCUACACUCUGUAACACUACUGAACUGAAGUGCCUCAUUUUUAAUUUUAUGGAAAUCAUUGAAAUCUUUCUAUUCAGAUACGAAGCCUGGAUCUCAAUCUACUGGGCCAGCCAGCUACCCCUCUUUGGAGUUUCAGUGUUAGGCAGUGGCAACCCAAUCUGUGGCCUUGAUUUCCUUGGUUUCAGUGGAACCUCUGAGUUCUUGGACAUCACUUCCUCCCAUGCUGCCCAGCUUCCCUCCUGUCUCCUUUCUUUGUUUCCUUCAGAAUCCCUGCCUGGUGAAGAAGAAGACGAGGAGGAAGAGGAGCUCCAAAGGAUGUUGCCAUCUCUGCGCAUCACAGGACCAAAACAACCUGCCCCCGCCAUGGUCCCCUAUCCUGUGCCAAAGGAAGAACAGAAGUGGCCAUCUCCUAGUCUUCAGCCACCUCUUGGCCUGGGGCCAUCCCCUCCAGAGCCAGCCAUCCUGGCCCCUCCCCCCGGCCCCCCGGCUAAUUUUGUGGAACUGAUCCCUGAAGUCCUGCCAGGCUCUGGGCCUCUGGCUGCCAGCUUGGCUCCCCCUCCAGAACAACCGCUUCCAGACCUGCUUAUAAGUCCCCACAUGUUGCCAUUGACCGACCUGGAGAUCAAGUUCCAGUACCGAGGCCAGCCACCCUAUUCUCUCACCAUCAGCAACCCCCAGGGUUGCCGCCUCUUCUACAGUCAGCUGGAGGCCACGCAGGAGCAAGUGGAGCUCUUUGGGCCAGUAAGCCUGGAGCAGGUGCGUUUUCCCGGGCCAGAGGGCAUUCCCAGCGACAAGCAGCGCUUCUAUACCAACCAGUUACUCGAUGUGCUAGACCGAGGGCUCAUCCUCCAGCUGCAGGGCCAGGAUCUCUAUGCCAUCCGCCUCUGCCAGUGCAAGGUGUUCUGGAGUGGCCCUUGUGCCACACCUUGUGCCACGUCCCGGCCCAUCCAGCGAGAGAAAAAGACAAAGCUGUUCAGUCUGGAGCAGUUCCUCAAUGAGCUGAUCCUAUUUCAAAAGGGCCAGACCACGACUCCACCGGCCUUCGAGAUUUUCUUUUGCUUUGGGGAGGAGUGGCCAGAUAGAAAACCUAAGGAGAAGAAACUCAUCACUGUACAGGUGGUGCCAGUAGCAGCUCGGUUGCUCUUAGAAAUGUUCUCAGGGGAGCUUUCCUGGUCCGCUGACAGCAUCCGGCUGCAGAUCUCAAACCCAGACCUAAAGGACAGGAUGGUGGAGCAGUUCAAGGAGCUGCAUCACAUUUGGCAGCAACACCAGCGACUGCCACCCGCCCCCUCUGCCCCAGCUGGCACAGGGCCCUGGCCUGUUCACCAAGUUGGCAUGCAUCAGUGAAGCAGCGGCUCAUCACCCAUCCCUCACUAGCUUCUAUAAGAGAACUGACCUCAGUGUGCCCAAGACCCAGUGGCCACCAUUAGAGCGAGCAUGGACCAGCCUCCGUGCUCAGAGAAGAAGGUGCAGGGUGGCAAGUUCCUGGGUUCCUCCUACCAGCCCAAGCAGGGAAGAUGAUGCCUGGCUUUGGGCUGCCAGAGCUUCACUGAGCUGCAUGAGGAGGAACUUAGCCACCACUUUCUAUGGGAGGCUUAGAGCACAGGAUUUCUGGGACCUUAUAGGAAAAGGUAGUGCUGCUUCCAAAUAGGAAGCAAAGCCCCCACUUUCAAUGGAAGGAACCAAAGUGCUGCUGAUCAGGCAGCCCCCAGUGGAGGACAAUAGCAACUCUGAGGGGCAGCAGAUCUUAUUCCUAGAGGCCAAGUGUACAAAGACACUUGCUUCACAAAGGAGCCACAAUUUAAGGUGGCUGCUAUUCCCCCUUGUGAGGGCAUAGCGAACAGCUGGAGCAGGAAAUGGGAUUUCUAAAAAUGUAAUUUUAAAUGGCUGUGAGGGUGAAUUGUGGCUGAGAUGAGCCACGAUAACAUUAAAGGGUUACACGUU